CAACUAUUGAUGCGGUCAAUGACGGAUGGACGCCAUCGAAUUGAAAUUACCAAUGGCUAAUAUUGGCCAUGGUUUGAUUUGCUAAUCGGAUUUCCUAUCGGAUUUAGAGUUUUGGCGCGGUUUUGUCUGCGGAGGCAUACAAGUGAGUGGUGUGUGGUAUAAAGUUAAAGGGCCCCACGCGGCCACACCCACUAAGCUACUCGUAGGGAGGGAACGUGUCUUUACUAUCCACACCAUGCCGCAGCACUGGUGAUUUAUUACACGCUUCUACGGAUUCUAAAGGCUUUCUGUGGACUUUCUUAUCCCCUCUACCGCUGAUACCUCUCUUCUCCGUGGACUGUUAAAGACUCCGGAGACGACAUGUUGCCGAGCUUCGCCCAAUCUCAGGACUGGCUCUACUCAGACCCGCUGCUCUUCGAUGACGAUUUUUGUCAAAGUUUAAUGAAAGACCUCCAGUCGCUGCCCACCCCUCCGCAGUCCCCACCGAACAAGACCGGGGCGGGCGGCUCCUCCAAGCCGCUGUCCAAGGAGGACCAGCUCAGCUACGUGUCGGACAUUCUCCUUGAGGACCAUGACAUGUCGCAGCUCGGAUGGAACUGCGAUUUCUUCGACAGCGACCCAGUGUGCGGAGAGAAGGUCACCGUUCGGCCCGUUCCGGAGGAGGCGGAGGACGGGCUGUGGGGCUGCUUCGGGGGCGACAAGGUUCUGGAGGAGAAGCUGGCGGUGUCGGUGCUGGGGUCGAGUCCCCUGCUCUCGGACAUAGACACAAGCAUUUUUGAGGAGAUAGCUGGCUCCACGCUGGACUGCCAGGCGGUGCUGGGCAGCCAUGCCCCGGGCACUAGACACGACCACAGCGAAUCCACGUCGGACUAUGGUUCCGGCGGCGGAGAGCUCUCCAACUACUCCUCCAGCGAUUCUGAGGAGGAGAUUGACGUGGUCACGGUGGUCAGGUGUCCCUCUGGCUCCACCCCCCUGCCCUCAUUGGCUGAGCUGCGGAAGGAGGAAGAGCAGCGAGCGCGCCAACGGCAGCACCACGACAUCCACCUGCAGCACAACUACGCUGCGCCGCGCCCCGACUCCCCGCCCCCUCCCUCCACCAAGCGGGCGCGAGGAGCAGACUCCUCCUCGCGGUACCACCACCACCACCCCUCCUCCCGCUCCUCCUCCUCCUCCUCCUCCUCCUCCUCUUCACGGAGGCAGCAGGAGCAGCUCCUCCCCCCGGCGGAGACAGAGGACGAGGAGGAGAGGCGAAGGACUCACAACGUGAUGGAGCGCCAGCGCCGCAAUGAGCUCAAGAACUGCUUCCUGCGUCUCCGCGACAACGUGCCCGAGCUGUCGCACAACGACAAGGCGUCCAAGGUGGUGAUCCUGAAGAAGGCGCGCGACGGCAUCCGCAGCCUGCAGAGCGAGGCCCAGAGGCUGCAGGGCAGGCGGGACAAGCUGCGGGGCCACCAGGAGAGGCUGAAGGCCCGGCUGGCGCAGCUCCGCAGCUAGGGGCCCGGCAUGGGACGGUCGGCCCGCCAUGGGACGGUCGGCCCACAGAGGAUGAGUAGGAAGACAUUUUAGUGACCGCUUGAAGGGCCGCACAGACUAACUCUAGGCGCACGCACGCAUGCAUCAGGACUCUAUACAUGCACCCUGCGAUGGAUCCUCCCCCCCUGGCCCUGACUGGUGUGGGAGGUCAAGGAGGAAGGCCUCACCGGGGGUCAGGAGGGUCUUUGUUGGAGGUGAACGCACAUUUGAUAAAUAUAUAUUUCUCUCUAGCUUGGAUAAGGCACAUGGUGGACAUCCAACUGCUGGUCACUAUAUAUAAUAAAAAAUGGUAGCAUAGGAAAAGGUAACUUAAGUGACCACUUAUAAAAGGUUGACUUACGUUAGUUUAAAAGUGACUGCCAUUUUAAGCCUCCUAUAGCAGGAGGACGUUUCUGUGUUUGCUGUGCGUUCACCCCCUACUCUCAGGAGGGCUCUCAGCUGGAAAUGGUUUAACCUUCUAAUACUGUACCAGACCUCAACCCCCUCCCCAGACAGAACCCCUACCGUUCUACUGUGUGUACAGAGUGUCCUACGCAUGGUUCCUAAGGAACUCCAACAGGACUUUGAAAGGGUGAGGGGACAAAGCAGCCAUCAACCUGAUUCUCAAAUAUAUUUGUCUAUCAAUAUGUGUGUGUGAGGGGGGGGGGGGGAUUUUCGCAUCUUAUAAUCUCUGCUGGCCAACACCCUGGCAUUUUCAAAAAUAACCUGAGUGGAGCUUCCAAUGUCUUGUAAGUGAAACCAUCUGAACAUCUACAUGGUUCAUGGGAUAACCCACAGAAUUCUGGUUAUCUGUAGAUAACUCGGUCGUCUUUGGAGUCUGGAAUACGAUUCUAGUCUAUAAAGUAGAUCAUGGUCACUACUGUAAAAUAAGUAAUUUGAUGCUGUGUUUUACCAGAAACAUUCCCUGAAGGACGCUGAGCUUCUGUGUGUUGAGCUUCUCUCACUCUCAAGCAAUGGUUUCAAGGAGUUUUCAGAGAGUUCUUGAAGCUUAAGUAAAACUUGUUGCCUUAGAGUUUAACUUAUCCCGCAAAGAACGUUUCGUCUCGGCCCAACCGCUGCGUGUAAAUAUGGGAAUCACAAACUUCCUCUCAAUUAGACGUGAAUAAGAAAUUUUCCUGUCAACCAAUACUGUCAAUGUGGUCUGUGUCUAAAUGCGAAUUGUAAAGAUUUGCAGUUGUGU